AUGGCGAAUGUGUCGGCGGCUCGACUACCAAAGGAUUUCAGUAGAAUGGACAUCAAGGAUCUAUUAGGCUCCAACGCGGAUUCUCAUCAGGCCCCAGAGCGUAGAGACUCGACAUUCGAUCUGACAGCCUCUUCUGACCCACAUCAUACACUUCAUCCAACGCCAAGCUUUCCACUUCCCUCCAGCAAUGCUGGGCCUCCCAUCCUUCCUUCACCAGCACCCUCGAUCAGCUCCGCUCCAGAUUAUUACCAUCGGCGUCAAAGCACGCCUUUUCCGAUCAAAUCAGAGCAUCCGCCGGCUUCGCAUCCAGCGUGGACCCGUGAAGCUCUACAAGCUGCGCAGUGGCGCGAUUACCAUGGAUAUGAGGCUUCUGCAGCCUAUUCUGUACCUCCAGGUUCGACAUAUUCCCCAAAUAAGCGUGCCUCAAGCCUUGACGAGCAUUCCUCCAAGCGUCCGAAGAAGAUCAAAGGUGCAAACCAGAAGUGGGACGCCGAAGAGGACGCGCGGAUAAUUCAGCUGCGAGGAGAAGGCAAGAAGUGGGCAGAAAUAAGCAAGAGGCUGCCAGGUCGCACAGAGAUUGCAUGCCGACUUCACUUCCAGAAUUACCUCGAGAAGCGAGGGCAAUGGGAUGAAGAGAAAAAGACAAGGCUGGCGAGAGUCUACGAAAGGAUGAGGCUGGAAAUGUGGCAGCCACUGGCCAAAGAGCUCGGUGUCCCAUGGCGUUCAGCAGAAGCAAUGCACUGGCUCCUUGGGGAGCGAGAAAUUGCCCGUCGCGCAAACACUGUCCCUUUUGCACUCAUCAGCGGUGCGAACACGGCGGGACCCCAGGGAGAAGGCAACGGGCGGAUUGCUCAGGCAAACCGUAUGCACGAUGCCACAAUCCACUUCGAUCCAAGUGAUCUCGCGGCGCUACAAACAGGUCAAUCAGCCAAUGGCCCCAUCAGUGCCUUCCCAUACCAACAUGAUGUCACCACGAAUGGCGAUGCUGGGCAUCAUGCGCGACGAGAAUAUGAAGGUGGUAAUGUCAGCCCAACUGAAAGCAACAGCGUACAAAUCCGAAACCUUGACCCCCAGCAGUCAGCUCAACGAGACUUCCCCCCGAUGAGGGACUACGCCUCCCCGGACUGGCAGAUCUCGACAACGGCAUCUCAGCUUACGCGGGUCAUGGAGGCCGCAAGGAGGCGCCACCUCAUCUUCUUCCUCAAGAACCACAGCCCACCAGCAGCAGUCCGCAAAGUCAUCGCAGCAGCAACGUCAGCGAUGCAAGCCACCCCAGCCAACGACUACACACCCUCGCAGACGCUAGCAUAG